GCUUAGUUGGUCCGGUUGAUGGAUGGUCGUUUGAUGACUGAACGGAAUGCCAAUUGACGUUUUAUUGACACAGCUCAUGGAAUAUAUUGUCGUCUUUUAAGCGCAGUUUCAGAGACGAAAGAACAGAGCCCUAUUUAGUUCUGCAACAAUACCAUGGACUGGUCUUCAUGGUUUCGACGCAGUAAUAAAAAAGACAACAGCCCAAAUCAACGCCAGCAGCAAGAAGAAGAAGAGUUAUUUGGAGUUACCCACCAAUUAAUCGAUCAUGUGAGGUCAUUUACAGUUGACACAUUCAAGAAUUUCCCACUGCAAGAUGAAGAAGAGAGAACUAGUGGAGCUAGUUUUAGCGAUGAAAUUGUUCCUAGCACAUCAGCUAGUGUUCGAAAGGAUCUAUCAUUAUGGCAGGAAAGACACGCUACUCUUGUUCUAUCUAAAGUCAAGGUUUUUACUUCUAACUUUGCUAUUUAUUGGAAUUUCGAUGCUGUAGGAAUUAGCUUGUGGUAUAUUCUAUUGAAGGACUUUUUUUCUGACCGGCAUAAAUGGAAACAAGGGAUGUGCUGUAAUUUGAACUUUCUGUACAAUAAACAAUUGGGAAUGGAAGUGGGAAAGGCUGAACGGAUAAUUAGGAAAUUCCAUGAACUUUCACAGCUUAGAUUUUUGUUGUGUCCUCGCCACUUGAAGGAACGGGAAUUUUGGAGGAUUUACUUCACACUUGUCAAAAGUCAUGUGGCUGAAUAUGAACUACGGGCUGUACGACUAGCAAAACUUAAGAAGAUGGCAAUGGAGAAUGAAAUAUCUUCAGAUUCUAGUGCAUUUGAAGUUGAAAUGGGAGAGACAAAGCAUGCAAAAUGUUCACAACCUCCAAGUCCGCGAGAUCGUUCUCUAAUCCCUAUUCGUCUUGAGUAGAAGCAAGGAUAUAUGUUUUGAUCUAAUUUCACUUGGAAGAGAAAUUGCUUUGUUUUGAUAUCUGUGCACCUCUUUUGCUCACUUGAGCAAAAGAAAUUGUGUAUUGGCUGCAUAUAGAAUGGUGAACUACCGCAAAAGAAAUUACUAGCCUUGAAACUCAGUUUUUUGUUUUGCCCAUUCUUUGACUUAACUAGUUGGCCCCUAAUAUGGAGGUAAUAGAGAGGAAUAGAGGAUUAAUAUAACUCAUGUCUUUUGGUGCAGGGGCGAAAUGAAAUUUUUUUGGUGUCUCGUUGGUACAUAUCAUGGUGGGAUGUUAGACUAAGACUAAGGUGGGAUGUAGUCCGAGACUAAGGGUGUAAAUAACUUGAGCCAACUCGAGCUUGAAUCGAGCUCGAGCUGUUAAUGAGCCGAGCUCGAGCCUAAUGAUGUUCGGCUCGAAAGCUCUUUGAGUUUUAUUAAGUCCUAUCGAGCUUUUUUAUAUAUAUGGAUAUAAUAUUUAUCUGAAA